GCCGUUUUUUGUACUAGCUCUCUUUCUUGCUCCGCCGCAAUGGAGAAGGGAUUAAGGGCGUACAUGGAGGUCCUCCGGCUAGUCCGCCGGCUUCCGGCGGAGACUAGGCCGUACUACGCAAAGUACGCGAGAGAGAAUUUCGUCAACUACCGUAACCUCGACGACCCUUCGACUCUCCCCGAUCUCCUUCGCCGGGCCUAUAACCACUCCCUCUGGGUCCUCAACAAGUACUCUGUGGAAGAGUCGGUGGCUGACAGUCUGAAGAAGGUCUGUUCCUGCUAAUGAAGUUUCAUGCUCGGAUGGAAUUUCAUGCAGAAGAAGCUUUCAGGUCUCAAAUGUUUCUUCAAUGUAUUCAGUUGUUCAUCCAGCUGCUGCAAAAACUGCUACGAAUUUUGCAGAAUUUUGCUGUUCUAAACAACACAAGAAGCGUUUAUAUUUUUGCUGCCAUCAAUUUUACUUAUGAUAUUUUAAUUUUGUUUUUUUUUUAACUAGUUUUUGGUUCUGUAAUUAAAAAAAUGAGGUAAGC